GAGCCGAGAGGGGCGGGGCAAGGGACCGGGAGGCGGGGCCAGGGGCCGCAAGGCGGAAGAGCCCCUCUCGCCUCCGACCGGGCGCCUCGCACUCUGUUCACUCUCGGUUCCUCUUCGCAUUCUUGCCAGUCCCGUAGCGCUGGGCUGGUUUCCUCCGAGGUCUCUAAGAGCCUCCUACUGCGCCCCGCUCGCCGCCCGGAAGCCCCCAGCCCCUCAAGGACGCAUCACCUAAUGCCGCGGUCACGGCCACCGUCACAAGCGCCCCCAGCCCCACCCCACCCCGGCCUGCCCGCCGUCCUUCUCCCGCUCCCGCCCCCGCCCCUGCCUGCCAGCUCCACCGGGCCGUAGGUGCGGACGACCUCAAAAUUCCUCGGCCCGCGAAGGCCGCCAGCUGCGGGGAGGGGAGGGGAGGCGCGGUCCCGCAGCGCCCCCAGGCUCAUGUCCCAGGGUCCCGUUCGUGCUGCACCACUGACUCCACCAUCUGCAAAGGGAUUCUUGUCCAGAAUCCCCGAAGGCUUUAGGACAGCGCUUAUUUUGUUGAAUGAAGAGUCUCUAAUUUUCGGAAAGACCACAGGCUAAAAGUCAAGUUGUGCCUUUUUAGCCAAGAAGCAUGGAAGUCAUUCACGGCAGGCCCUACUGUUGCAGGGAGCUUGAAGGAGCUGACAUACUGUCCAACACCUUUUACUCUAAUGAAUUGCACACCCCCCUCCAGACGGUUACUCGCCCAACUGCCUCAGAGGACAGGUAUCGGGAAUUAAGGGAGUCACUUCAACAAUGUAGGCUUCCUUGGGGCGCUGAAAGAGAGUAUGGUGGGAUAAUACCAAUUUCACUCCCCGAGGACCACAGGCCAAAGUGUGAGCCUCCUCGUGUCAUGGGCAAAGGACAUCAGCAUUAUGGGUUUGGUGGAGAAACCUGGCCAAGAAAGCUUCCUAUUGAACAAUUUUAUUAUUUGACCCAGAACAAAAAAAGUGAUGUCUAUGGAAAUGAUUCUUUGAUACCCAAGCCGCCUAAUUCAACAGUAGGAGAGAUCUGCUUGCCAUAUCCAAUUGAACACCCCUACCACACACACAUCUGUCGCGGCGCCAUGUUCCCCACCUUCACGUCACCUGAGGACCUCUACACGGGCAUUAAAGCCCGCACCCAGCAGCCCUUUCCUCCCACAGUGCCAACCAAGGCUUAUGAUUCAACAGUUUUGAAGACAAGAGGUAAUCCUUAUAGAUAUGAACUGAUUGAUGUUCCCAUGGAUUCAAAGAAGAAAGCACUGACUUGGCCAGGUCAAGGUGUAUAUUAUGAUUUUCCCAGAGGUGUUGAGAAAAAUAAGCCAGUAUUCUACCCAAAACCUCCUAAAACCUUCGCUCCUAACACUUCUUUAAAUUCAUGGGACCCUAUUUGCUCUGCCAAAGAAGCCAACAUACAAAGAAAUCUUGAGAGGUCCCACUGGCUCACUUCGUACACUCAUGAUUUUACAGGUCUGGGGCCCAUGGACCCCCUUGAACUGGAUGAUUACCAUGAAAAGACGGUAGCAGAGUUAACAGGAAAGAUAGGAUUUGACCCAGAGCCUCAAGAAAAAUUCCAUCCUGUCUUCAAACCUCCCAGACCGUUGGAAGGACGAAUUGCCCGAUUAAUUCAGAACCGACGUUCUCUGGAGGCUAUAGUCCAGCAAAGACCACGUUCCUGUCCAGAUUGUACUCCUAGAGUUUUGUGUAAUUUUCAUACCUUUGUACCCAGUUCUAAAGAAAUGAUGGCACUUAGUGAUAACAUACCAGCCGGUGUGACCCAUAAAAACCAGGAUAUUGAAGAGAAGAUCAUAGAAGAACAGAGCUUGCUGUCUACCUAUGAACUCCCAUCUUGUUACCCAACAAAAGACCUGACUAGCAUUUAUGACAUAAAGCCAUUUCCAAAAAUCACAGAUACUAAAAAGACAGAAGAUUUAUACUGGAGACAGCAGUCACUAAAAACCCAACCCACACCUUACUGUAAACCAGACCACUGGAUUCACUAUGAAAAUCUUAAAUCUCCCCUACGUGAUCAGUAUAAUAUAUGUCCAAACCCUGUUAGCCUUAGUAAACCUAGUGUUUUACAAAAUAAACAAGACACGGAAGCUUUCACUUUAGAACAUUUUUUAAGUAAGCCAGAAGAAGAGUUGUUCUUGAAUAUGGAAAACAAUGAAGAAACAAGACCUGUUCUUGGUUGGAUUCCUAGAGCUAGAGUGACCAAACCUCAGACCAACCUGCUGGAGCUUAAGAACUCUUUUUCAAAAACUGGUGCACAAAAGCGUUUCCAUAAAUCAAUUCUAGAAGACCAUAAAGACCUCAGGGAUAAUGAGCAUUCGGGGAUGAAGCACCAAUUCUAUGGCCAUAAUUCCUAUUAUUUCUAUAAUUGAGAUACUCAUUCUUCCCUUCAAAACCCAGCCUCUUGCAAGAAGCUAAAAAAUAUAACAGAAUUUCCUUCGUAUUGCUGGAUUCUGUUUUCUAGAUUAAACCACAAGGACCUUGUUAGUGAGGUUUACAUUUUCAGGAAUUUAAGUUAGUAUCUGGUUGGAGGAACCCAGAAAAGGUGAUGUUAUGACUUCUUGAAAAGUUUAACAAUUUGGCAAUAAAAUAUUAGAACUAGAAAAA